AUGCCCACCUUUUCCUAUGCGCAGGCCGCGAAAGGUUUAGUUUCCUCAACGCCUGCACAAUCUAACGCAGAGAAACAAAGCAAACCGGCAUCUCCCUCCAAUGGGCAGAUGUUGGAUGACGUUCCAAGCCAUGAGAGUAAUGCAACCAUGACACAGCUCUCUUCAAAAGAACAAAUGGACCCUCUUGGAAACCGGAAACUCCCGACUGAGAACGAAUCCAACAAAGGUAUCCCCUCAGGAGCAUCCUCCCCGAGCGUGGCGACAGCAUCUACUGAAACAUUACCAAAAGAAGACGAUAUGUCACUCACACCCAACGGGUCCUCGGAUUCGACCUGGGACAAACAAUCCGAACGCUCCGUUUCCGUUAGUAAAUCCAACCAGGCACCCGAAGGAGGUGCAGAGGAGACCGCGGAAAAUGGAACGAAGAACGUUACGAACUUGAAAGAUUUGAAACCCGCGUCAAUUCCUGCUGUAAAUAUUUGGCAGAAGAGGCUUGAGGCUCAAGAAGCGAAAGCUAAGGCCAAUGCUGCUAUGAAGUCAACGAGCCCCUCAUCAAAGGCCGUUCCAUCGAAAACUCCCGCGACCCAGUCUGGUUCUGAAUCUCGUCCAGAGUCAUCAAAGAGUAAUAGCAGGAGGAAGUCCUCGGAAUCUUUCCUGGACAAGAAAAAACCCGGUGAUGCUCCAAAGAAGGGUAGCGCCCGGGGACAUCGAGUAGCUCCUGAAUCCGAUUCAACUGAGCCAUUACCCCCAGUGGGUGACGCUGCGUCGUGGCCCACUCCACAGCUCGCACAAGGCCAAGAGCACCUAAGAGCCCAAGAGAAGAUCGACAGAGCAGAGAGAGUCGAUAGAGCCAAACCUGUCAGCUCACGAUCCCAUGGAAAGGAAAAGUGGAUGCCGGUCCCGUACGUUCCUACAGCUGUAUUCACGACACCUUUGCCACCCGCUGCCCGAAGGGGUGGAAGAGCUGCAAGGGGUGGCAGAGAGAGUAGUGCUAGUCAUACACAUGGGCAUAACGUCGAUAGCGAGAGACAGAAUUCUGGCUCCAGUCGCGCGGGCAAUUCCAAGCACCCGCCGGUAACAGACCGUCGAACCGCCAGUGACUCCAAGCCUGUUCCAGGAGCUAAAUCUAAUGGCAUUUCGACAUCAUUUGAUGAAAGGCACUCUUCUCUGAACGAAGGACGAGCUAGCGGGUCUAAAGAUACCGAAGAAACUUAUGUAGCCAAGGAGAAUCAUUCUCAGAUCAACGGUGCUGAACCCCAGUACCGACCGGACUUUAAAUCAUUCACUAAGUCUCAAGAUCAAUUGAAUGGCCCUGUGUCUCAAGCGUCAAGGCAAGGAGCUCAUCACGGCGAAGGACAACCCCGCUAUAGUCAAAGUACAGAACGGCGCUUUGAAAGUGGCCCUCGCUCAGCGGAUCCUUUCAGAGAAUCCAAUUCAUUCACGGCCAGAGACCGAGAACUUGGACGAGAUCGUGACUACCAGCGAGGUGACUUGCAUAGGGAGAGGGAAUAUUCUAGAGAACAUCGUGGAGAGCCGCGCUCUGAACGAGGUCGGGGAAGCUAUCGUGGAAGAGGCGGCCACUCUACUUAUGGUACUCAAAACACCCCCUUCCACAGCGCUCCGCUUGCCCAACACCCGUUCUCAACACCUAAAAACUUCUCCUUUAACAACGAACGCCACCGUAUGCAACCGGGGGGCGCUCAAAACGGAUCGCAGGGUAAUGGUAGGGUAGGUCUGCGGUCGCCGUCGAUAAAUCCUGCCGUUUAUGCCUCAGCACCGUACCCAUUACAAACAGAUUUCACUUCUAUGUAUGGCUAUCCGCAGAUGCCUCAGGCUCCAAUGACUGCGGUUCCAUACCAGCCAUAUAUGGAGCAGUACUCCUUGAUGAGCAUGAUCUCAAUGCAAUUGGAGUAUUACUUUUCGGUUGAUAAUCUUUGUAAAGAUUUGUUCCUUCGGAGACACAUGGAUUCCCAAGGCUUCGUUCUCUUGAGUGUCAUUGCUGCGUUCAAACGCAUCAAGUCCCUUACGGAAGACUUGGAACUCCUCCGUCUAGUCUGUCGCCAGCUGAAAAAUGUUGAAUUCAGACCCGGUGAGGAUGGUUUGGAUCGUAUUCGAAAGAGGGAUAAAUGGGAGCAGUGGGUCCUUAGCAUGGAUAUGCGAGAUCCUUCGGCCCAAAACGAAGGACCACCACCAGCUACUACCUUAUCCUCAACCAACUUUGAUAGUCUGAAUGAGAACGGGAUAACUACGCAACAGGACGGACUUUCUAAUAUUACGAACGGACCCGCCCAUGCUACUGCCUCGACAUCACCUCCCACCGAUCCGCUGUCCUCAGACGCGCUUAACAACCAUGUUCCGGCUCGUUCGGCUAAAUUGUCCUCCACCGCCGCCGAAUUUUCUCCACUUGCUCCUUCGGCAACGUCAAGUGAGCACGUUAGUGAGGAAAACCCCGUUUCUGAGAAUACUUUUCCAGACGAGCAAGUUGGGAACUUGGUGAUUGUGGUGCGUAAGCCAGGAAUACCCGACCCAACACAGUCACCUGUUCACAGGCCCCCGUCUCGUUCUUUCUCCAAUGGAUUUGUUGACGGUUAUAAAGCAGCCCACGGGCAACUAAGCGCAGGCAACCGAUCCUCCUUCGUACCCCAUGGCAUUUUACCUGCAUCAGAAAGGUCCGCCAUCCAUCCAACCCCUUUUACGAUGGCCGCUGUACUAAUUGAAUCUAGUGCUGACUUGGAUCAACGAAGGAGAGCCGCCGGCUUAACAAACUCUUCAUUGGUUAAAUCUUCUGUGCAAGUUGGCGGCCAGACGCCCUCGUUCUGGAUUAAAAGCAAGAACAACACCCCUAUCGAAUCCCUUUCCACGGAUCUUGUCCAUGAGUCAUACACUAUAUUCCGCAAACAAGCACUCGAUAAACGGCUCUCCGAUUCCUCAAGUGAAACCCCUGUGGACAUGGAUGUGCUUUAUCAAUUCUGGUCCCAUUUUCUGGUUCGAAAUUUUAAUUCCCGAAUGUACGAUGAAUUUAGGAGCCUGGCGUUUGAUGAUAUCUCGUCUAGAAAUUCGUCCACUGGCCUUCAGUAUCUCAUCAAGUUUUAUGCUGGCAUUCUUUCGAGCGACAAAGUUAUUCCCGAUGGCAUUGCCCGUGAUCUGGUUUCACUCGUGCAAUCGGAAAUGAACACAAAUGAGAAACCUACUUUUGGGCAACUUCGACGUGCAUGGCGGGAUGGAGCAUUUAACUUGAAGAGCAGAAAGAAAGUAGACGGCUUGCUUGACGAAAGCUUACGAGCCGAACUCGAACGCUGA